AGGCAGAAACCGUUGACUUGGUACAAACCCACGUCUACUACAGAUUACCAAGGAGAACAGAGUCCCAAGCCAUCUAAUAUAUCAGGGUCUCAAAGUAUUCAACUCAAGACCGCUUUAGAAAGCUUUUCACCAACAAUAA